GCUCUCUCAUUGUGUCGUCGAAGAGUAGCUGAAUCCAGAAUUGAAGCGCUAAGUGUUUCGGAGGACUUCAAGAUCCCUGUUGGUUCCUCGAGCAUGCGAGCACAAGAAAGUUCGCGGGCGGUCGAGUUAGAGGUGACGAUCGGAGCGUGAAGUCCGGAAAUCCUAGUAGGAGCUCGAGGAUCCGUCGGGAAGCCCGGCGUACUUCAGGAGAUAUGAUGCGCGUGCUGUUGAUUCUUCCCGAGAACGCCGAUUCGCAAUGAUGGCGAGCUCGCGACUGAUUUUUGCAUCGGUUCUGAUGUUAUUGAUCGUCACAGUAGAUGAGGUUUCCCCGGACAGUCAGUCAACACCGAUAGGGGUUAAUAACCCGUCGCAUGGUUUCAGUUCGCAAACAGUCGCAACUCCGGCGUUCUGUGCUGAAGUCGCCAAGCAAAAAGGCUGCUUCAGCCUGCCAGGAGAAUGUCUCGAUUGUAUGUUCGAUUGUAAUUGCGUCUAUGGAAGCAACGUCACCGUCGAUUGCAUGGCUAAGAAGAAUAUCGAGUGUCGGAGCAACGAGAACAUCAUGAAGAGACAGAUGAUCUGUCGCUAUUGCUAUCAAAGUCCACCUGAGGAACACGUCUGUGAGCACAACAGCACCUGCCAGGUGACUCAUGCACCGAGGCGGUAUUACACGGCAUCAUGCACCGUGCGCCCGGAGGUGAUUUGCUUGGGGCGACGGGUCUUCCUUAAAAGACGCCUCUGUAAUUGGACUCGAGGAUACAGUUGGAUCACAGCUCUCUUCCUGAGCGUUGUUUUGGGCGGUUUCGGAGUGGAUCGCUUCUACCUAGGGAUGUGGCAGGAAGGGAUCGGAAAACUUUUCUCGUUCGGAGGUCUCGGGGUCUGGACCCUGGUCGACGUGGUGCUCAUCGCCACGGGAUAUCUUGGACCCGCGGACGGAUCUCUGUACAUUCCAUGAGCUCUGUGAUAUGGGGGGCACUAUAGUUAGCAAGGCACUGGGUGCAAGGAUUGAUGGAACUUCUCUUGCGGGGAUCCCCGCUCGUCAGGAGACAUCUGUCGCUGAUCAAUCGCAUUACACGUGACUCUAUACCGAAGACUAAUAGGCAGGAAUAGGCUGACAAUUGAUUGAUGACCUUCGCACAACGACUACGAAGCUAAAGUAAAGAA